UUCGAAAGGCGGCCAGUUGCUGUUCGCGCGUCGUCAGCGUCGCGUCGCGAGAAUAUCGAGUCGAGAUAUCGAGCAGUGGCGUUUCGGACGGUCAACGGAGCGGGCGAAAUAGAAAUCCGAAAAAGCUGUUCGUGAUGUUCGACGGUGACGCGCGGCAUCAUGGAUAUAAUUGGACGUUUCCGCUCGGAAGAGGAAGAAUAACGACGAGGAUGACGUCGUAGUCGAACGGGUUGCACGGUCUUGGUCGAGGCGGUCAAACGACGGAUGCAGCCACGAAAAUUUCUACGCGAGAUCGAGGAUCGUGACGGCAAUAUGAUCGACAGAAUCACGUAGUGCCGCGCGGCGUGUCGGGCCGACACACACGCGAGAAACUUGUUCUCAGCCAGUGCGACGAAAAAAGGGGGGUGUGUAAAUAGUGUUUUCGACGCGGAAAAAGGAUUUCGGUCCAGGGGGGUGGGGGGGUGAUUGGAUUCGUCGGGAAUCCAAGUCGCAGACAUGUCGGGGCAACAUCCCGGUCGGCUCGGCGUAGAAUCAGCUGGCUGGGUGUGAACGAGGCGUCGAUAAAAAGAGACCGGGGGGGAGAGAAAAGGGGGGAACUCUGCGCCGAAGAAGAGGGCGGAUCGAGAGCGAGAGCGAGGCGCAAAAUGGGAGCAGCGAAAUUCCUGCUGGGAAGCGCUAUCCUCGGACUCCUUUGGAGCAGCUUACUCAAGGGUGCCCUGACUAACUCGACGAACAGGUGCGACUACCCCCCGUGCUUCUGCGAUCACCAUGGCAGAUUGACCUGCGAGUGUAAAGACGAAGGAGAGGAAUUGGUGUUGACCACGGACGGCGACAAAAGGCUGAGCCCGCACACGAGCCGGAUAAUGGUGAACAACUGUUACUCCGUGAUUCUAACGAACUCGAGCCUGGCCUCGAUGAUCGGGCUGCGCUCGGUGGACCUGGUGAACGUGGCGAACCUGACUCUGAUCAGACAGAGCUUCGAGCUGUCGCCGCGCAGCCAACGGACGCGGAUCACCGUGAGGAACAGCAGCAUCGACGCGAUGCCCAGCUUCGUGUUCCGCGGCGACGUGGAGGCGAUCAGUUUCGAGAACGUGAGGAUCGGACAAUUGAGCGCGUUCUCGUUCGCGAAUCUGGUACAGACGGACACGCUACGGUUGGAGAACUGCCGUAUCGAGAACAUGGAGGCGCAGGCGUUCAAGAAAUUCGACGUGGGUUAUCUGCACGUGAUCGGCGGUAGUUUCGGCGAUCAGGUGCUCAGCCGUACGAUGAACGACAUCGAGGUGCAUCACAAGUUCAUGCUGGACGGCGUGAGAAUGGGCACGGUGAGAAGCGACGCGUUCAUAGUGACGAGCCCGCGGACAGUGGCGAUACAGAACUGCGUGGUGGAGAGCCUCGAGAGCGAGGCGUUCAACGUGACCGCGCGCGGAGCGGUGAUCGUAAAGAACAACACGUUCGGUAGCCUGAGCGUGGGCGCUUUCCUGGGGAUCAGAGCCGAUCAGGAAACGAGGACGUCGCCCGGCUCGCUGCACGAUCUGAUCUUCAAGAACAACAGCGUGGCGAGCUUCGAGGAGGGCUCGAUGAUGUUCGACCGGGGCAGCUUUCGCCUGGAGCUGGACAAUCUGCUGGUCGACCAGCCGUGCGACUGUCAGAUGCUGCCCGUUUGGAAGAACAACAUUCUCAAUUACACGAACGUCUACUCGAGGUUCUACAGCAGACAGAACUCGGCGAUGCCGCCUACGUUGUCGCCGCAGGAGGCGAUCAACGAGACGCCGGAGACGUUCCUGUGCGUCGACGGCGAGGUGAACGGCGUGCCCACGAGCUUCGUCGAGUACGAGACGCGUCACUGCUCGCUGGGCGGAUCCAUCAUGGUUUUCGUGCUGGUGGUCGCCGGUCUGCUCGUGCUACUGAUACUGGUCACCUGUCUGAUCGUCUGGUGCUGCAGGAGGCGUCGUCGUAACAGCAGGAAGAAAUGGAUCAGCGUGCCGACCAACGCUCCGGACGUCGUCUCGAAGAAGAACGGCGUGAUAAGCCGCGAGGCGGCCGCCUCCGCCGCCCCGGUCGACAGCCGGAUAACGAUGGUCGUGCCUGACGGCAGGCUCUACCGGGAGACCGAGUUUCACGUGAUCGUCGAGAAGGCAGAGCCUCUGACCACCGAGUUGUAACGAGAACCUUCGCGGGGCUCGACGAGGCCCGCCGUUCACGCCACCGUCGAACAAGAAUACGAGCGCGCGGGCGCGUCGAGCCGAUUCCGCGUGUACAAGCUCUGAAUCUCGUCCAGGACAUACGAUGUGCGACGAAAACGAAGCGGUGCACCGGCUGCGACAAGUGCGGUGGUCCGAACGAUUCAAACGUCGUGCACCACCGGCGCGACGAGAUUCCCCUGAACAUUUUUCACUGUACCAUUUACAAUAGUUAAGCCGAGUUUUGCGCGUCUUUGGGAACGAAUACAGAGCGCGAGACUCGAUCUCGAACCUCUUGUUUUCACUUUAACCGACUAUCCUUUAACGCAAGGCAGUUCGUAAGCUUCCAUUCACAUAUCACGAACGAACACCGAUUAUCCGUUCGUGGUUUUCUGUCGCGAACGGAUCAUCGGGGAACGUUGUUAGUUAAGUUAGAAGAACUUCAAAGCUUCGUCGAAUCGACGCCCAGAAUAUCCGAGACUCGCGAUUGGAUCGACCUUUCGCGCCUCGUAGCUCCGAGUUUAUCGAUCGAUAACGGCGCGUCUCGACCCCGAGCGUCGCGAUGGUCGAUCAAACGUUUCGAAAAAGGGACCCAGCGUCUACGAGUCGGAUCGAACUCUAUCGCCCGUUCAAGGCCGCCUCCUGGUGACCGUGAAUACGCGGCCAGACGCACGACUCCCACUUUUACGCCCGCGACGGCUUACCUCUACGCCGGGGAGCGAAUGGUUUGCCUGCAGGUUGCGCGUACGAGCAACCUGGUGGGGGUAACGGCACGGUGGCCUUGACCGGACGACUGAUUUUGUCCCGAGUCUAGGCAACGCGAUCGCGCGACCACCCGGAAAGCAGCGAAGCAGUGCCAUUCCUAUACAAACGCGUCGAUUCGCAAAGACUUUCGAUCGUUUCGAAGAGGAAACGAAGCAGAAGACGACGGAGGAGUAUCCGCUACACCCAACAGGGAACCGACUCGAAAACCAACCCCGUUCGGGCUUUGAUCGCGUUUCUCUUAUCUGCUUGUAACGAUAAUAAAAGAAAUAUUACCCCCAAACAUUCCUCGACGAGACACGGACACGAAUCGAAGCUACGUUCGACGUACAACCACGAAAGCUGCGAGACGAUCGAAAUCAGACAUUUGUCGUGCCAUUCGCGGAAACAUCUCGGACCUAUCCCGCCCGCGGAGCCGUUGAUUUACUGUAUUAUUUUGUUACUGCGUUUAUUUAUGACCUCUGGACAUCGCCAAUAAAUUGUUGUUAUUGUUAUCACUGUGAUCGGUAACUAAUUUUGAUGAACGCGGCAGCGGGUCACCGCGAAACGGGUAUCGAUUCAGUUCGCGGCCCCGUUAAUCUCGAAACGGAUCCCUGAGUAAUGCGUUCGUUUACCGUAAAACCAUCACCGUGUACCAAUGCUAUCGCUUGCUAUUAGUCCACGUUUUAACCCCCUAUUGCUUAACGCGCCAGAUCGAGAACCACGUACAAACAAUCCCUAUAACGUUUCACCGAGAUGAUCUUACAAAAUUUUCACGCGAUGUUUCCUUGCGAAAACGUUUAACAGCGGAUUCAUUUUCUUAUCGUUUAACGUUUUAACCCCUUGCCUUGUCGAUUCGAUCCACCACUGUACGCAAUACCGAAUCCCUUACAUGCUGGAAUAAACCUACGUUUGACGAGCAACUAGAAGCCAACGGAAGCGUGGUGAGACAUUUUCAGGAAUUAAACAUUUAAACAACAUCGAUCGUUGACCCCUUUCCCCGAGAUGGGCAAAAUUUUAGUCGACAGAUAACCAAUAAAACCAAUAUUAACAAUUUAUUCGUCGAGUUGUGUAUUCUGUAAUUGAAAUUUUUCACUUGGAUAAGAAUUUUGCCUAACUCACACGGUUUACAUCUUCAAUAUUUUAGAAGCGUAAUAGUUUCUGAUUGAGAAGAAUCCGGUAUGCAACUAAUUUCUGUCGUUUCUGAGCCAAUCUGUGUCACUCGUGACUCAUGUUUGUCGUGUUUGAUCCGUGAUAUAAAUCAUUCCUGGAGCCUCUUAAAAUAGUAUUUCAAAUAACAUGUUAUCUUGUUCUUCGAUUAUUUCGUUUUCUAAAUACGGUCCUGUUACCCAAUUUCACGAAAUAGCUUCGAAAUUAAUAAUUUUGUAUUCGAAAUCAUUUCUGUGACGAAAUACUCCCGAAAUAUGUUUCGUUAGUGUACCAAUAUAUGUUUAAUUGAUAUUUCGCGUAUCUAUCAUCCGUCAAACGUAUACGUAACUUGCAAUAUACAAUUUGGUACUGAUUUAUAUAAGUAAUAAAUAUACAGGACGUCCAACAGGUACUCGUGCACGCUUUACUGGAAUAUUUUAUGGAUAAAAAUAGAACAAAAAUAUUAUAUACUCCGUUGAAAAAACAUCAACUUCUACGUUACGUCAACGCUUAUUUCAAGUACCUGGUAUGUCGAUUAUUUCCAAAUAACGCGGAGAAAAAUGAAAGGUUGGAAUGUUAUUUGAAAUAACCAUUUCAUAUUUUCGUUUCAAAUAAAAGUUGCCCGAGUUUGAUACGCGCCACGAGUUUAAAUCGAUAUUAUAAGGCAAGGGGUGAAUUCGUGAACAUAUAAAUAACCAAGAAAUAAAUUCUUUUUCGGGAAACGACAUAAAUCGGGACUUGGCAAACUAGGAAAGAACCAUUUUAUGCAGAAUCGUGAGAUUGCUGUUUCGGUUUCCACAAAGUAAAAUUAAUAUGACACAGCCAUGCCUAUUCGUUUACGUGUUCACUUGCAUAAAUUUUAAUACUUAACAACGCUGCAACGACGAACAAUUGCAAUCUACUUUAACGACGAGGAACGCUACGAAAUAUAAUAUAAACAUUUCUCGAGUACUGUAUAUUUGUCGUUUAACCAUCAAGCUGGUAUAGUUACGUAUCAUGUAAUUGGUAUCGUUGGGUCAUUUGCGAUCCGUUGGUGUUUUGUACGAAAAAUGAUGAAUACGUGUUGGACUUCUUUCAAAGACGAGAAACUGUACAAGACAAACAAAAAGUAACAUGGAACAUGUUUUUUUUCUUAAUUGUAGAGAGGAACGUGACGUACACGAUUAAAAUAGCAUAUGAAAAGAACGGAAAAGGAGCAUAAGCUGAAAUGUUAUCGGUAGAAUAAACCAUUUUGGAUUGGAGCAAAAAACCUGACAUGGCGGUGACAAUAAUAAAAAAUAACAAACACGAAACAUGUAUGUGGUGCUAAUUUUUCCAGGCAAUGCAGAUUAGCAAAAACUGCUACACUAAACUAUCCAAAUAGUCCCGAAUCCUACUAACGAGCUGAUUAGCGACCAUAAAAAUAUUACGUUAUUACGUUUACGAUAAAAAAUUGUAUAAGUAAUUUUGAUCAUUGUGGUGUCUUUCAAUAAGUUUGCCAACUCCUGUAAUGGAGGGUCAAAGAUUCCGUUUCCAGGCAAAUGAACAAUACGCGGCGAUCGUCGCGGAAUUCAGCCAGCGAAUGGAAAGCUUAUCUGGAAUUCGAGCAACGGGGGAAACGGUUCACGACGGCUGAACGACUGUUUGCGAAAGCGGCGAUUCGUUUCAGCGUUACCGGCGAGCCGACCGUUUUGCGUUUUAAAAGUACAAUGCGAGCACCGCAAGCGACGCUUUUGUCCCCGGCGUGUGCGACCAUCUCGCGCACGUGCGAGCCAUGCAUUAUUGAUGCUGCCGCACUUGCCGCGUAACGACUUUCGCGAUGUUGUUUCGCUUUAUCCCCGAGCAACGGACAGAAAUUGGUCCACGCAGCGUUCGAGAUUAUUCGACGACCUCCGCGUCGAUUGCCUUGCGACGCGUCAAGGUGCGUCCAAUUAACGUCACCGCGCGAAGAGAAGCCCGGACACGAUCGUCGACCAGCGAUGGGACUAAUGCCGUUACCGAUACCAGACAAUAAAGUAUCAUUUUCUAUCGAAUCGUUUCCAUACCUGCACUAUGGACAAGUAUCGAGGCAUGGAACGCUAGGUAUGUGCGCAAGGUAGGUGCGCAGAAGAUUCCUCGCCAUUUAUAACGAACAAUCUCCCACGUGUCUGCCUUACCGUACUCGUAGCGCCAAUGUAUCGUACUAAUUUUCGAUACUGAUACUUUUAGAACGAACACGUUCACUAAGUUCGCCAGUUAAAGUAUGGAAAUCAAUGGUUCUUGGAGACUAAGAAUCAUGGUUCACGCUUUAACUAUAACGAACACGUAUCGAUACCAAUACCGUAUAUUGAUAUCGAUCGACGUCUAUCCGAUCGAACCAUUAAAUUUUCAUUUAACAAGCAACGGAUGAACAAUCGUUUAUCUUUUGAUCGUCGUUCGAAAUUUCUAUCUGGAUAAGAGUUUUGGCUUUCUCUGGUCUCUGGAACAACGGACUACUUUGGUAUCGUAUCAAACCCGUCGUUAAAUUCAUCAUCGCGAGCAGAAUGCGAUCAACGUAUACGAACUGAAACUAGACGUGUGCAAUUUUCGUAUUUCGGCGGCGUAUUAAGUUUCGCAACGACGAUUUAGUUGUAAUUAUCGUGAGACUGUGAUAUAACGACAGCCGACUUGUAUAAUUUGUUUUACAUUGCACGUCGUGACCAUCGAUGAAAGGGAGAGAAUAAAAAAUGAA